CCGCGUGAGCGGGGCGGGGCUCGGCUUGUGCUCAGCUGACGCCGGAGCCUUGGGUUGAGAGGGUCGGUUAACGGCGGCAGCGGCCUGUUCGGGCGGAAAGCGGGUCCCCGCCAUGGCGACCACCGUCAGCACCCAGCGGGGCCCGGUGUAUAUUGGUGAGCUUCCUCAGGAUUUCCUACGUAUCACCCCAACACAGCAGCAGCAGCAGAUCCAAUUGGAUGCACAGGCAGCUCAACAGUUACAGUAUGGAGGACCGAUGGGCACAGUAGGCAGACUCAGCAUCACUGUAGUACAGGCAAAACUGGCAAAGAACUAUGGUAUGACCCGCAUGGAUCCAUACUGUCGGGUACGGCUUGGCUAUGCUGUGUAUGAAACUCCUACAGCGCAUAAUGGAGCCAAAAACCCACGAUGGAACAAAGUUAUUCAGUGCACUGUUCCCCCGGGUGUGGACUCCUUCUAUCUUGAGAUAUUUGAUGAGCGAGCCUUCUCAAUGGAUGACCGCAUCGCCUGGACACACAUUACCAUUCCCGAGUCUCUGAAACAAGGAAAGGUGGAGGAUGAGUGGUAUAGCCUGAGUGGAAGACAGGGUGAUGACAAAGAAGGAAUGAUUAACCUGGUUAUGUCGUAUGCGUCCAUACCAGCUGCCAUGAUGAUGCAGCCACAGCCAGUGGUCCUGAUGCCCACAGUAUACCAGCAAGGAGUUGGAUAUGUACCUAUUGCAGGGCUUGAGUACUUUGCUCUGGGAAUGCCUGCAGUCUGUAACCCAGGCAUGGUACCAGUGGCAGUGCCACCUCCUCCAGUCAACCCUCAGCACCUGUGUAAUGAAGAGGAUCUGAAAUCAAUCCAAGACAUGUUCCCUAAUAUGGACAAGGAAGUAAUUCGUUCAGUGCUAGAAGCCCAGAGAGGGAACAAGGAUGCAGCUAUCAACUCAUUGCUUCAGAUUGCAGAAGAGUUAUAGACCCCAACCCCUGCAUUGUCUCUGUUCUUGAUGCCACCUUUAUUUUUGACUUGCCAAGCCAGGGAUUUAGCUAGAGGAAGAAUUUUCUAACAGAUUCCUGUGAGCAUUCUGUCUAAAAGAGAUUGUACCCCUUUUCUCCUUGGAUAUUUGCACAUUUUUUUCACUUUUUCUUCUACAGCUUGUUUUACAUAUGUUCUGCAGAAACUUUUUUGUUAAUACCAGCCUUAUCAUAUGUGGCUGUAUUGCUUUCAGGGGUGUAUGGGUCUGCUGCUUUUUUCGUCCUUCUCUCUGUUUGUUUGAAAACAAGACCAUGUUCAUACGAUCUCUCUUAACACUAUGCAGUACAGGAUUUAUUGCUCUGUCUGUUAGAUCGGAAGAGUUAUGCUUUCUGGGAGUUGGAUUUUUUCUUUACAUACUUCUUUUAAUAAAAUUUUUUUGUUUCAAUAAGCCACUAGUUUCUGCCCAAGAUAUAAAAAAUGAUUACACAAUGCCCUUUGGUUUGUCCUGUGGUGUUCAGUUAUUGCUGUGAAUAGUCCAACUAUCUUUAACAUAGUUUUAAAUCUUCUAACAAGCUGGCUUUCUUAUUGUAGCCUUUAGUGUUUCUAAUUAGGUAGCCUCACCCACUUAUCCUCGUGAUUGGGCGCCAAAGCAAUAUAUAUCUGUUUGGUGGGCAUUUUGGGGCUCAAUCCUAUCAAAUGAGGUUGCUGUAUUAGUAAAUCUUCAGGAGGUGGUUUUCUUUAUACAGCAAUACAUACUGCAUCAGAGGACAAGAUUGGGCCCUAAUGUGUUCCUGCAGUUACUUGCACUCUUCUUGCUUCUACAUUCCUGUGAUUAUUCCAAAGGAUAAAUGCAGAAGGAAAGAAUUUAUACCUGAAAAUUAUGUAUAAAAUAAGAAUUUAAUUAUUUAAGGAGCUGUCUUGUAAUAAGAACAUGUGGUUGUUUUUUUAAGUAUAGCAUUUAUGUUUUAAGAAGAAACAUGCUACACUCCUGUUUUUCAGCAAAACUGUCUUUUUGCAUGGAGGAAAAAAAUACUUUUUAGUGAGGAAAGGGUUUUUGGUAGUCUGGAAUAAGGAGUAGCAAACAGCUGCAGAAUCUUCAGCAGGUAUAAAAUCUUUAAAGAGCUGUUUUGCUGAUUCAUUGAGUUACAGUUGAUCUUACCAAUUCAGUUGAAUUGUGUGCAUACAAAUAUCAAAACUAUCUUGUGAGAUAAUGGAAAAUCUGACAUAUCCUAAAUUGGCAGAUCCUCAUAAAGGGGAAGGAGAUUGCAUAGUCAUUGCCUGUGUUAAUGUGUAUGCAACAUUCUAGCAUAGAAUUGCAGAGCCUUUGGAGAGGGAACAGAUUAUACCUGUUUAGAUAAAUUUCUGCAGCUUCUUAAUUUUUUUUAGAACUGCAAAACAAUGCACUUUAAGUAGUAUGCACAAAUUUAUUUUCAAUAAUGUGUGAUAUCACUCUUCUGGUUUUUGGUGGUGUUUUUAAAACUGUUUUACAAUACUUUCUAUAAUAGCCAUAGCUUGUAUUUUCUUCGUGUUUGAAUGUACACUUGAAAUACAGGAUCUCAAGAGUGGUUCAUGAGAACUUUACUAAGCCAGCUUUGGAAUAAGGAAAGAGUCUUUAUUCUCUCUCCUUCCCCUCUUUUUUGUUCUUCCCCAAGCACAAGAGUCUUCAAUAUUUAUGAAUAAACUGCUUUCGCCAAUAUCUUUCUGUUUUAAGUGUGGGUAGGUUGAGAGUUUUUAAAUACAGUACCAAAAUUGUCCUGGUUUUCUUUCAUUGCUUGAUUU